AUGAACGAGGAGGGCGGCUACCUGGGCCAGGUCACCUACCAGUGCGUCUACAGCGGGGUGCUGGAUCGCUUGAAGGAGAAGAAUCGAAACGACCCCGCCGCCUCAAUGGCCAUCCAGAAAAUCCGCUCGGCGUUGAAGGCCUGCGACCAGACGUCGCCCGGUUUUCUGUUCGACUUCACGCGUGUCCUUCUCUCUGAUGCGGCCAUCGACAUCAAUAUUCAGGAAGCGUAUCUCCGCAUGCAAGCGACGGCGUCGACCGACGAUCUCAUCAUCCACGCGUCCCCAGAAGUGCGCGAAUUCAAGGAGUUGAGCGAGCGGGCCAUCAACCUUCGCCAUGUGCUGGCGCGUGUGCCCGAGGAAAUGUCCGACCGUCGAACUUUCCUCGAGACGAUCAAGGAAAUUGCCACGUCGAUAAAGAAGCUAUUGGAGGCGACGAACGCCACGCUUCACGUCGUCCCCGAAAGUGCUCAGCAAGCGGUCGAGAAGCGGAAGCGCGAAUUUGUGCACUACUCCAAGCAGUUCAGCAACACCCUCAAGGACUAUUUCCGCGACCAGAAUGCUCUUCAGGUGGCCGUCUCGGCGAACAAGCUCAUCUUCCAAACGACGCUGAUCAUCCGGACCGUCAACGACAAGCUUCGCAAGCGU